UUGCAGCUAGCAAGAUGUGCAAAAGGAUGUUCAAUUUUUUCUAGUGCAUCGAUCUUUGCAACAUAUAAGACAUUAUUGGGGAAAAGGGAAGUCUUUAUUAGCAUAUUUUUUGUCACAUAAUUACCCUGUAUGGAUUAACAUGGCGUGCAUUCCCUUCCAGACCCAAUUAUCCUCAAUAAUGGAGGUUUUGGUUAAAGCAGCAGUGGCAGAGAUAUCAAAACUAGUCGAUGACAAAUGUUCUUUUUUGCAUCUUGAAAUAUCCCGAAAGCAAAGCGAGAAUGAGAUGCUGCAGAGGAAACUACUAAUGAUGGAGAAUAAACACGCACAGCUGCAGCGAGGUUUUGAAAACUACAUGGACAGAGGAACUGAUGUGGGUACUUGUCCACAUCCCACAGACAUUAAGUUUCCAGAUAUUGAAGAUGCAUCCGUAGCAUUCACGAUUAAAGAAGAGAGUCCAGACGAGGCGCUGUGGAUCAGUGAUUCUGCUGAAAUAAUUGGUUCUGCUGUACAGUACUCUAAUCCAGCUACUGCAGCAGAGAGCCAGCAGUUUGAAGAGGACCGUCAUUUAGCCCAUUCGGAGGUUUCUAGGGAGAAGACUUCAGACUUCAGUAGCUCGUACAACUCUGGCCAGCAUGCGGGAGAAAUUAGUGGCCUUCACUUGACCGUCAAGACGGAGAAGGAGGAGAAACGAUCAGGAUUCAAUCAGGACGGAUGCCAGCACGGUGCAGGGAAGCAGAACCAGCUUGCUGCAGACUUUUCACUGGAUGAAAGGGAGAAUCAGCUCUGGUCAUGCAUAAUCGAAGGAAACGAAAUUGACUCUGGUUUUCCUGACUUUUCCAGUGUAGUGGAGGAGUAUUCCAACACAUUCCCGGACCAUUCGGAUUCCCAUGUUGUUUCUAACACUGGCAAGUCAGCUAAUGUCCAGCAGUCGCCCUCUCAGAGGCCGUGUAAUGGGAUAUACAACAGUGACUAUCAGAAGGAUCCGCAGUCGUCCAAUUUUCAGCUCAGACCUCAAGUUGCUCUUUCACAGCAAGACAGACAGAAGGAGCAAAAUUACUCCCAGAGAAACGCCUCUCAUGUUGCACAUUUGAGGCAGCCAGAGGAUCAUCCUGAGAGGGACUCUGCGCCCACAGAUAGACAGGCCGUAUCCCACCCGCACAACACUUUCUCACCAGGCAGCUACCACCCACACAAACCUCUCUCCGGUGCAGCGCGAGGCUACGUUUGCUCGCAGUGCGGAAAGACGUUCACCCGCCUCCACCAAUUCAAGCUGCACCAGCAAAGCCACAAGAGAAAGCGGGCGUUCUGGUGCACGGUGUGCGGGAAAAGCUUCCAGUGUUCGUCCCAUCUCAGCAUACACCACCGGACCCACACGGGCGAGAAGCCGUACGGAUGCGGACAGUGCGGGAAGAGGUUCACUCAGCAGAGCAGCCUGAGGGUCCACCAGCGCACACACAGCGGGGAGAGGCCCUACAGUUGCGCCCAGUGCGGGAAAACCUUCAUCCUGAUGCACCAUUUGAAACGGCACAGAAUCAUCCACACAUACAGCUGAGGGUCCAGGAGUUUGGAGCGUUGUCACUCAGGUGAAAGGACUCGAACGACCCCCUCAAAAACCAAAAGCCAGUGAGUGGCAGCUCUUUUCUUGUCGUCGGGACUCGAGAUUGUGGCGCGGCUCACAGACUUUGUAUAUUAAUGCAUAUUUUACUAUGCAAAAUCCAUCUGGAUGGAUUUUAAAAUUUUUGCUUCUUUUUAAAUAUGCUUUUAAUGUCUUCUAAUUAUGAAAACAUCAAUUUAAAAUCACGUAAAACAGAUUUCCCACAAGUCAGUGUUUGUAAGACACCGAAACACUUCUAAAGCUAGAAAUCCCAAAAAAAAAGAAACAAGGCCUGAAAGGUGGUGUCAUCAAACAAAACCCUGCAGCUUUCCUGUUACACCUCCCUGCAUACUGAUCCCUUCUCCUGAACUCACUUUCUUGGAGUCCGUCCUGUAGAAAUGAGCUGUACGUACAUCAUCUCAGCACCAAAACUGUAGAGGCGCAAGAUCCUCUUUAUCCAUAUAAACUCCCCCCCCCUCUUUACAGCCGCAUUCUCCUUAAAGUGGAUUUCCCUUUUUAAAGCCAGUGGAGCACCUCUCAGGUUUAUGUUUUGAUGUCAACAGUGGUAGAA